AUGACGGCGGCCGUGUUCUUUGGCUGCGCCUUCAUUGCCUUCGGGCCUGCGCUGGCCCUCUACAUCUUCACCAUCGCCACCGAGCCGUUGCGCGUCAUCUUCCUCAUCAUCGGAGCUUUUUUCUGGUUGGUGUCUCUGCUGUUUUCCUCCCUUUUUUGGUUCAUGGCAAGAACAAUCACUGACAACAAAGAUGGACCAAUACAGAAAUAUCUGCUGAUCUUGGGAGUGUUGGUCUCAGUCCUUAUCCAAGAAAUGUUUCGGUUUGUGUAUUAUAAACUCUUAAAAAAAGCCAGCGAGGGUUUGAAGACUAUAAACCCAGAUGAGACAGCACCUUCUAUGCGAUUGCUGGCCUAUGUUUCUGGCUUAGGCUUUGGAAUCAUGAGUGGAGUAUUUGCCUUUGUAAAUACCCUUUCUGACUCCUUGGGACCAGGCACAGUGGGCAUUCAUGGAGACUCUCCCCAGUUCUUCCUAAAUUCAGCUUUCAUGACGCUGGUUAUCAUAUUGCUGCACGUAUUCUGGGGUAUCAUAUUUUUUGAUGGCUGUGAGAAGAAAAAGUGGUCUGCCCUUCUUGUAGUUCUGCUGACACAUCUGCUGGUGUCUGCCCUGACCUUCAUAAGUCCUCAUUAUGGAAUAAAUCUGGUAUCCACAUAUUUAAUCAUGGUACUCAUGGGCAUCUGGGCAUUCUUUGUUGCUGGAGGCAGCUGCCGAAGCCUGAAGCUCUGCCUACUCUGCCAAGACAAGGACUUCCUCCUUUUCAACCAGCGCUCCAGAUAACCUCUGAGAACCAGCACGUGUCAAACAGGGAACGAGAUACCUGUGGAACUGGGCUGUAUUCCUGUCGGAACAUGGUGUUCUUUGGUGGACAAAACAAGAAAAAUAUAUAGUUGGUUAUCACUGUUGACAUACAAAUCUCUUAAAUGGAUAGUCUGAUAAAAUACUUGAUCUGUAAAGUACUAAAAAAUAUGAGAAUAUUAAUAUUACUCAUUACUACGAUCUGAGGAUGUCCUCUGUACUUAAUAUUAAGUAAAGAAGCUGGGAUACUGUAAAAUCUCAUUUAUAAAAACUUAUCAGGCAAGAGGAAAUUUUUCUUUUGGUGAGACUCUUGUCUGAGGAAAUUAUUUAAUAAUCUUUGACUCCCUAUACAUAAAGGAACUUUGUCCUGCGGAUUUCUGUUAAAAUGUGAGCAUUGCCAUAGUCAGUUUAGGCACUAUUUUUACAAAUAGCCCUGCUUUGCCUGAUGCCAAUGGUGCCCAGAGGGAGAGUAUAGGUUUCUUCUGUUGCUGUGUAUAAACUGAGAUGCCUUUUUUUUUCCCCUCUGCAUUUUUUAUCUAUGAGGAUCCUUCUGAGCCCUGAUAGUAUUUGGACAGCAGGCGGUGUUGAUAGUUUAUGCUCUCCUCCACACAGUGCUUUCUCAGUUUGGAAGGAAAUGUGGGUAAAGUUAGAGUUGACCGUGGAAUGUGAAUGUUGCUGCAGUGCUUGAAUAUUUUGCCAUGUGACUAAUAGAGAUUGAUUUUGUUGCUCUCUAAUAAAUUUGUAUUUAUUUUUUUAAUCAUUUAAGUUAGUUGUUGUAACUGGAGAAGUUUAGUUACCUCAAUCCUGGCCUGCCUGUCUCAUAAUAUAAUAGUAGCAGCCUGUUUUAGAGCAUCUAUUGAAAACGUAGCCAAAAGGAAGAAAUGAUGGUAACCACAGAUUGCAUAGAGAAUGGCUUUUGUUCUCGUUGUUAAAUUUUUUUUUUCUUAAAGCACAUUUCAGUGUUUGCUGAGAUUGGCAAAUUCACAUAAAAAAUAUUAGGUGUUCUUGUCCAUAGAGUUGGGUGCAGGAUAAGUAGUUGUGACAGGAGCUUCCUCCUACGUGUACUCCUCCCACUUUGCAUCACCUCAGACUAGCCUGGAGGUAGGGGUUAGCAGUCACUGUGGGCCUGAGGGCUCCAGGGGGGCCCGGGUGGUGGCGGCCUGUCUUAGGCAGCAGCCCCCAGCAACCUGGGAAGAGCUCUUUGUAAGUGCUAACUCUCAUUAGUUAACUUUUUCUUGGGUCCUACAGGGUCCUAACUCCAGGUGGAAAAAGUAGAUAUCACAACAAAACAAUUUUAAAGUGCUUUGCUUAGAGCAUUUUGUUUAAGAUUGCAGUGUUUACAGUUCUUCUAUAAUAAAAGGCGUUACUUCUAUUAAAUUCUAGUGUUUAGAGAAAUGGCGACUAUAUAUGUAUCAUUUUAUAUAAGUAUACAAUAUGUAUCAUUUUAUAUAAGUUAUGCUGUUGUGUCUAUAUACUUGUAAUAUCAGGCCUUGCAUUCAGUGCGCAAUGCAAUAGACUCUUUUCAGACCUGUGUUUUUCAGUGAACAAUAAAAGUGUUGUCUGGCA